CGGAUUGGGUAGAAAGAAUAACAGUUGGAGAUUCAAUGAAUUUUGCUAUAGCGUGUAAGGUUCAAGACGAGAAUGUAAAACCAUUUAUGUUGGGCGGGGUCCAUACAAACACAGAAAUGAGAAGUGACAUACAAGAACAAUGA